AAAGGCAGCAGGAAGUGGCGUAAUGCGGGAGUGUCUCUGAAUGCGGCUCUUGCACGCACCUGCCUGCUCGGCUUCACAUUGAAAAUCCCGUUAUUCCCUCCCGGUUUAGACCUUGAAGCAGCGUGAGAGCCAUGCUGAUGGAGCGCUCUGUGUGGGCCCUGUGCGUCCUGCUGCUGCUGCAGCCGCUCCAAGGAGUCCUUUCUCAGGCUGACUUUGACCUGGCUGAUGCUUUCGAUGGUGAAGACAGUAAAGCAACACCCUCCGUUCCAACGAGGCCAGGAAAACGUGGUCAAGGAACAGGACAAGACUUUUCUUUAGAGGAUUUGAUAAACCUGGAUGCCACAGUGAGCACUACUACCACCAAGGCCCCAGCAAAGGUCAGGCCAAAGCUCCCUACAAGUACUGCAGCUUCAAAGAAGCCAAGACCUAAGCCAAUUGGGAAUGACUUUAACCUGGCAGAUGCCUUGGAUGAAAACCAGAAACCAGGAGGUGUAUUUUCUGACAGCGACCUGGAGGGUGUGAGCCGAGAUGCCGACUACAAACCUGACAAAGGAAAAGGAGGGCAUCAAAAAGGCGACACCAAUCAGAAUACCUAUGAUGAAAACAGUGCAGAGACCACUGCAGAGGUUGGAACCAUAGCAGGAAUUAUUAGUGCUGUUGGCGUGGCACUGGUUGGUGCCAUCAGCAGCUACAUCUCCUACCAGAAGAAGAAGUUGUGCUUCGGUAUACAACAGAGCCUGAACGCUGAUAUUAAUAAGGCUGAAGUUCCUGAGGGAGUGGUGGCCACAGAACCUCAUGCAGCACAACAGACCCUCCUGGACCAACCAAAGACCGGACCACCUAGUGAUGAGAAUGCAGUUUAGAACCCAGUCAGCAUAAACACGCAUUCUAACUAUCCUUUCAUGCACAUGUAGGGUAUUUACAUAGAAACAUGCGUUGCACUCUCAUUUUUAUACUUUUAUACACUGAAUGUGUACAACAUCAUUUUCAUGUGGUUGUAAGUAGACCCACUCAAAUUCAUUUCAUCAUCUUAGAUUUAGAUUUUUCAGUAGGGGAUGAAAACUAGCUUUGUGUGUGAAUUUAAUUUAAUUGUGUACAGAAAGUUGCUGUUUCCUCACGGAUAGGCAUAACAAAUGAACUUUUUUGAAUGAUUUAGUCUGUAGUUUGUCUCUGUGGUUGACCAGCAGGCUUUGAAGGUGGUACCUGUGCCUCUAUCAGGAUAAGAGCUUAGAUAAACUUCAUGCCUUGCUAAGUAGAAAAGAAAUUCUGUUGGAUCUCGCAUAUGCUGUAGAAACAUCACUUCUAAUCAAUGUGUUGCAGAAGGAAUGAAGAAAAGGUCUAGGAUAACGAUGUAGAAGCGUCCUCGGUUCUCCUUUGUCGUUUAUUUAAUUAUAAUUACUGUGAAAACUGAAACUAUGUCUCACUCACUGUAGGUUGCAAACACUGCUGCUCUUUGAGAUUUAGACAAUUUGUGCUGUCUAUAAUCAUGUAGUUAUUAGGAAAUACCAGCACCACCAGCCUCCCAGACAAGAUGGAGUUUAAUGGAGGGGCUAGAGGGCUGAUGCGCAGCUGGCCCUUUUUAAAACAGCGGGCCAUGACACAUCACCACGGCUCCCAGCAUCACGCCAGUGGGACGUUUGUACGCUCCACAUGCCUGGCAGCCUGGAUUCAGGAAACAUACAAACAACUCAUCUAAAACUCUGUUUGGUGCUGCCUGGUAAUGCUGCCUCAUGUUCUCGGUGUGCCACCGUCCACCUCUGGUGACCUCCACCAGCUGUUGGACGCUCCGACAGCGGCCUGGAGCACCGUCACUUCACCUGUGAUGCCUGUAGCUUUGCUCUUCUGUGCCUGUUCUAGACGUGAAUGCUUCUUCUUCCAAAUCAAGUGAUUUGAAUCACUUUGCUUCUGUGUAUGCAGACAAAAUGAUGUCCAAAUCGGACAGUUCCUUUGGGAAAGUUGAACCUUAAUCAGAUGAAGGAAACCUGCUUUGUACUUCGACUCAGUGCUGUUUUGAUUCUGUAUCUGAGACUGUUCCUUUGUACUUUCUGAUGCAUGUUUUUUCUCUAUAUCCUGUAUACUGUUAGCCAUUCAGUCAUUGUAAUGGACAGAAAGGACACCCUUUGUCAAUUCUAGGGCUCUUUUGAUGUGGCCUUUAGCAGGUUUUUAGUUAUUCAAAGUACAACCAAACCAGAUUUGUAAAGAAAAUCUCAGUGCAGCGCCCCAAAACCCUAGAAUUUAGAGGGAGUGUACUUUUUGUUACCACAACGUUAUCUAAAUAUUUAACCCUAAUGUUUGUUUGUAGCUAAACUCUGCUUAAGAUGUGGUAGUUAACUGAUUUCACGUGUAUUCCUACAUAAUAAUGCUCCAGUUAUUUCCGAUAUAAACUUGUAAAAUAAAGAAUAAAUAAAGAAAA